GAAGUUACUCCAUUAUCCCCCGGCAGCAGCUGCACAGUCAUGCUCUUUCCUCUUCACUAAAAACCUCUGAAAACGACAUUAAUCGUCGUUUGAUUUGAUACCUUUAAGAUACAUUAAGUUCUUCAAAGUUCAUCUGAGGUCACGCGGAUCAAAGACAGAACAGAAUGUCGCGCGGUUCGAACGCAGGCUUUGACCGACACAUCACCAUAUUCUCACCGGAGGGCCGCCUUUACCAAGUCGAGUAUGCCUUCAAAGCCAUCUCUCAGAGCGGGUUGACGUCUGUAGGGGUCCGGGGGACAGACAGCGUUGUGGUGGUCACACAGAAGAAAGUACCUGACAAGCUGCUGGACUCUUCCACUGUGACCAACAUGUUCAAACUAACUCCUCGCAUCGGCUGCGUGAUGACUGGACACAAUGCGGACAGUCGCUCUCAGGUUCACCGGGCGCGGAUGGAGGCAGGAGAGUGGAAAUAUAAGUUUGGUUACGACAUCACCGCAGAUGUGUUGUGCCGUAGGUUGGCCGACAUCUCCCAGGUCUACACGCAAAACGCCGAGAUGAGGCCUCUAGGCUGCUGUAUGAUCAUGGUGGCUAUCGACCCCCAGCAGGGGCCUGCCCUGUAUAAAUGCGACCCGGCGGGUUACUACUGUGGCUUCAGAGCCACGGCGGUCGGGGCCAAGCAGACAGAGGCCAACAGUUACCUGGAGAAGAAGCUGAAGAAGAAGCCUGAACUGACCCACGACAGAACUGUGCAGUUGGCCAUUUCCUGUCUAUCCUCUGUCUUGUCGUUGGACUUCAAGGCCAGUGAGCUGGAGGUCGGCGUGGUCACCAAAGAAAAACCUAAAUUCAGGACGCUGACAGAGGCGGAGAUCGAAACCCACCUGAUCGCCAUCGCAGAACGGGAGUAAAGGUGCCUUCACGAGCAUCAGACCACAAUUCAUAUUCAUAGUAUUUCAUUCUUAGAGUGCUCAACAAAGCCUGAUUUAACAACACUCACUGUUAGCAGCAGUACACUGGAGGUUAACUGUGCACACCUGAAGAAGAAACUGAUGUAGGUUUGAUUCAUACUGAGACAUUUCUAUUGGGCUUUUUUAAUUCGAUAUACUGUAGGAACGUGAUGUUUAAAUUCUGAUCUGACACAUUAAACCACCUGCAUUUGUCAUACAGCUUAAUUUAACACCACCCUUGUAACAUUGCAACAAAAAUGUCCAUAAAACACCUGUCAUAAUAAAACAGAACAGAAAAGAUAA